AUGUACAGCUUCAUGGGAGGUGGGUUGUUCUGCGCUGGAGUCGGGAACAUACUCCUCAUUGUCUCCACGGCAACUGACUAUUGGAUGCAGUACCGUCACUCCAGCAAUUACAUGCACCAGGGCCUGUGGCGGUACUGUGUGCCUGGGAAAUGCAUGACACACACAGACAGCAUCGCAUACUGGGAUGCCACUCGGGCCUUCAUGAUUCUCUCCCUGCUGGCCUGCUUCAUCGGCAUAGUGAUCGGGGUCAUGGCCUUCAUCCACUACUCCUCCUUUGACGGGUUUGACAAGACUUUUGCUGCCGGCAUCCUCUUCUUCAUCUCCUGCUUCUUUGUGUUGCUGGCAAUGGCUGUGUACACAGGAGUGACAGUGAACUAUUACGGUAAACGCUAUGGCAGCUGGCGGUUCUCCUGGUCCUACAUAAUGGGCUGGGUGGCAGUGGUGCUCACGUUCUUCUCAGGUAUCUUCUACAUGUGUGCCUACCGGAUGCAUGAAUGCCCAAGAAACUCUAACUCACGCUAA